UGCACGCGCAUCAGCCGUUGCGUGCAGACGUUGACGCACAGAGAUGAUCAGCAGCGGUGGCUCUGAACGUGACGCUACGUUUGCCUGUUUACAGCGACCGAUACACGUCCACGGAGUCAUGUAGUGUGUAUUUCUGGAGGAACAUGUCGAGGAAGGUGAAAUGACGGGGUUUUCUGUUCGUUCCGAGAGCGUUUUAUCUUGUUCUCAGUGAGGACACGGCUGCGCGUCGUCGUCGGGAACCGUCCGGGAGAUGGACUGGAGUACUGCGGAAACCGGGGAUGACGGGAGGACGAGUGAGGAAGCCGCCGCUGGCCACUGCCUACAGCUGGACCUGGAGGACAGCGAUUCAGCCAGGAAGGUUCAUAUAACAGAGAUGCCGUCUCCGUUCGGGGUGGGCCCUGCCCACGAGAAAAAGAUCGGCCACAGGAGGGUAGAUGCCUCUGGAGAGACAACAUACAAGAAAACCACCUCCUCUGCCUUGCAAGGGGCCAUCCAGUUGGGUAUUGGAUAUACUGUUGGCAACCUUAGCUCCAAGCCUGAGAGAGAUGUGCUGAUGCAGGACUUCUACGUGGUGGAAAGCAUCUUCUUCCCCAGUGAAGGCAGCAACCUCACACCAGCCCACCACUACCCAGACUUUAGGUUUAAAACCUACGCACCUGUAGCCUUCCGCUACUUCCGAGAGCUGUUUGGGAUCCGACCAGAUGACUACCUGUAUUCACUGUGUAAUGAGCCACUGAUCGAGCUGACAAAUCCAGGAGCGAGUGGCUCCAUAUUCUACGUGACCCGCGAUGACGAGUUCAUUGUCAAAACUGUUCAACACAAAGAGGCUGAGUUUCUACAGAAACUCCUUCCUGGAUAUUAUAUGAACCUGAACCAGAACCCCCGGACACUGCUGCCAAAGUUUUUCGGCCUCUACUGUGUCCAGUGUGGGGGCAAGAACAUCCGAGUUGUUGUGAUGAACAAUAUUUUGCCACGCUCUGUACGCAUGCACCUCAAGUUCGAUCUGAAGGGCUCCACAUACAAGAGGCGAGCGUCCAAGAAGGAGAGAGAGAAGUCCAAACCCACCUUUAAAGACCUGGACUUUCUGAGCGACGUUCCUGAAGGCCUCACUCUGGACCAGGACACAUACAGCGCCCUGGUCAAAACACUACAGAGAGACUGUCUGGUUCUGGAAAGUUUCAAGAUUAUGGACUACAGUCUUCUGUUGGGGAUCCACAACAAGACCCAAGCAGAUCGAGAGCGUUCGUCUCAGGGCUCUCCUGCAGGAGGUGGAGGAGGAGGAGGAGGAGGGGGAGGAGGAGGAGGAGAAGGUGGGGAUGAAAAGAGGCGUGCUGCUCAGAGAGCUUGGUACUCCACUGCCAUGGAGUCUAUACAGGGAGGCUCCACAUGCAGGGACACUCUAGACCAUGACGACACUAUGGGUGGUAUCCCCGCUGUGGGUGGGAAAGGAGAGCGCCUCCUGCUGUUCAUCGGAAUCAUCGACAUCCUGCAGUCCUACAGAAUGAUCAAGAAACUGGAGCACUCUUGGAAGUCCCUCAUCCAUGACGGGGACACGGUGUCAGUUCACAGACCUAAUUUCUAUGCGGAGAGAUUCUUCAAAUUCUGUAGCACCAUCGUCUUCAAGAAGAGCUGCUCAUUGCGAUCAUCUCCGUCUAAGAGAGGACGCGGGCCUCUUUUGUCCAAGUCCAGUGCUGGAACUACUUCAGCUGGGCAUCGUCCCUCAGUGAGUGAUGAGAGGCAGGAGAACCAGGACAACCUAGAGAACCUUCGAGGAGCUCGCAGCUUCCCAGUGCUGGAGGACAACGGGAGAGAGCCACCCUGCACUCCUCCUUCCUUUGAAGAUGCUACCACAGCUUCUAUCGCGACCACGCUGUCCUCCAACAACUCCUUACCCACCACACCCUUCGAUACACCCGAGCACCCACGCUACAGGAGACAAAUGCUUUCCCCGAGUGUGGCCAGGUCACAGAAAGUUGAGGUUCAUGGAGAAAAGCAGGACACAAUAACAGUGGAGGUGGAGCUCAGUAAAAUCCCAAAGAGCACAGAGCUCACACAGAUGACAGAAAUGACCUCCCCGAGCCACCUGUCACCUGAUCGUCAGCCCCAUGUCAUCCCUCCAUCCAUCCCGCCCACUGUUAGUCCAUCCUGUCCAUAUCCCUCCUCCUCCACCCUUCCUUCUUCAUUUGCAUCUCCCUCCUCCGCUGCCCAAUCACCCGGCCAGUCAUCCUCCACACUCUCUUCAUCCAUCCGUCCGUCCACCAAACCUCUCACCUCUCCCACAGCGGCUCAGUCUUCCGUCCUUUCUUCUCCGGUUCCACGUUCAGCUGCACCGUCCACACUCCUCGCUUCAUCUCGAAGCACCUCCACCCUCCCUCCUGCGUCAGCAUUCACUCCCAUCUGCCCUGCAUCUCCUCAUGCCUCCUCCGCUCACCAUCUCCCCACGACCCCUCCCUCCUCCCAGCCUCCGAGCCCUCAGGUGCCUCAGCCGGCGCCACGUGCAUCGUGCAAUCAGCUGUCAGUGUCCAGCAGCCACAACUCACUGGACGGGGAGGUGCCGGUGUCUGACAUCUACUUUUAUGCAGAUGGCAGAUAUUGGGUGUACUCUCCAGUUCUUGGCCGUCGUAAGCUAAACUCUAGCUCGAGUUACAAUCAGAAUCAGGACGACCGGAGCUGGGUGUACUCUCCUCUGCACUGCAGCUCAGGGUCCAGAAGGGGCUCCGACGGGGAGAGUGAGACAUAACUCACAGUGGAGACAGCAGUGAGGGGUGGAGCCAGAUGCUGUCUCCACAUACGAAGAAGCUGUGAGCUUUGGAUAACGAAGCUGACGGGACUCUGUGAGAGUCAGUGCUGGUCGACCCAAACUGCAUGAGGGAGCUUGCUUUGCCAACUGAGACUAGAGGAAUAAAUUUAAAAGAAGCAUUUCAAGUGUAGUUCAAUACAAUCAUGCACACGUUCCAAACAAAACCUACAGACAUACAACUGUCAAAAUAUUAUGCAACAAAAAAAAAAAUCAUAAAGGAUCAAUUCCUGGACAAUCUGUGAAAUAAACUUAAAAUCGCAAUCAGCUGAUCAGCACUGCGAAGGAUCCUGGUGGCUGGUAUCAUUGCGGUGUUCCUCCCUGCUGUUUUUAGGGUUUCAGUGUCCAUGAGUCACGCUGCAGUGUGCCAGCUCCGCCUAUGCAAGACAGGACAUCCUGAUUAUCGAUUUCUUCUUUUGACUAAUGCUUCUACAACCUCCUCAGAGAUUAUUCACGCAUUUAUUUUCUCACCAGGGUCAUGUCAAAGCUGUAUAUAAGUUUUAUUUUUAGCACUUUACCGAUGUACACGUGGCUGCAGUCUUAUGAAAUCGUCCGUGUUUUUGUUAUUUUGUUAUUGGGUAACUUUUUGUUAUGUUCUGUGUGGUGGUCCACGUAAGAAAACUUUGAUCUGACGGUGAACGGUUGUGUUAAAAAAAAAAAUGCCUUAUCGACAAACUCAUUUUCAUAACUGUUUUUGAUAUUUCGGUCACCUGUAAUAUUUGAAAAA